UCUGUGUGCAGAGUGAGUUCAGUCUCAGGCUGAGGGCUGGUUAAAUUGGAGGCAGAAGCUCAGAGAUACUGUUGCUGAGUGUAGAAGACCUGCUCAACCACCUGAGACCACCUGAGACCUCCUGAGACCACCUGAGACCUCCUAAACCACCUCUGACUGAAGAGCUCCUGAAACUCUGAGCUGCUUUACUGAGGGAUUUACUCAGCAGCAGGCCCAGGACCAGCACUGCCUGCCUCCACAGGGCCUCCAGACUCUGGGUUUGGAGUAUUUUUUGAGUAUGUUUAAGUACUUUUUGGAUUUUUGAAGAAGAUUUUCCAGGCUGGAGAGAUAUACACUGUUAAGGAAUCCAGACAGAGCCUGAGGAGCAGAGCAGCAGUUUUAUCGGUGGUCUGAGCUGAAAGAAGUCAGGAUGGGGGAGGUUCUCACAAACAUCAUGAAGUUAUACGACUUUCUCCUCAAAAGAACAGAUCCUCGCGUGAGGGAUUACCCGUUAAUGCAGAGUCCGGUUCAGAUGACUCUGAUUCUGCUGGGCUACGUGUUCUGGGUUCUGUACGCCGGGCCGAGGUUUAUGGCCAACCGCAAACCCUACAACCUCAGCACAGUUAUGGUGGUUUAUAACUUCUGCAUGGUGCUCUUCAACGCUUACAUCGUUUACGAGUUUCUGAUGUCGGGUUGGGGAACGACGUAUACGUGGAGAUGUGACCUGUGCGACCCAUCCAACAGCCCACAGGCCCUCAGAAUGGUUCGAGCGGCCUACAUGUUCUACUUCUCAAAAUAUAUCGAACUUCUGGACACUGUGUUUUUCAUUUUGAGGAAGAAGCACAGCCAGGUGACGUUCCUGCACAUCUUCCACCACUCCUUCAUGCCCUGGUCCUGGUGGUGGGGCAUCACUCUCACUCCUGCUGGUGGAAUGGGAUCCUUCCACGCGAUGGUGAACGCCAUGGUUCACGUCAUUAUGUACACUUACUACGGCCUGUCUGCAGCCGGCCCACGCUUCCAGAAGUUUCUGUGGUGGAAGAAAUACAUGACUGCAAUUCAGCUGACCCAGUUCAUCGUGGUGUCCGUCCACAUCUCCCAGUAUUACUUCAUGGAGAAGUGCGACUACCAGGUUCCCCUCUUCAUCCACCUGAUCUGGAUGUACGGCAUGUUCUUCUUCGUGCUCUUCUCCAACUUCUGGAUCCAGGCCUACAGCAACGGCAAGAGGCUCCCGGCCUCCAACGAGGAGAAACCCAAGCAGAACGGCUGCACCAACGGCGAGGCGGUUCCGGUGGCCAACGGCAAGCACUUGGAGAACGGCACCGCCCACCACAGCAACGGCUUCGCCAACGGGAAGGUGAAGGAGGUCUGAGACGAGCCAGAACCUCCUGCUAAGAGCACCACAGGACUCAGAAACGAUGGCUUUAGCUAUAUUCUAAAUGUACUGUAUAGAAAUCCUAUGUCUUGGAUGUGUGUGUGAUUGCACGGGAGAUGAUACGGCACGCUUCAGAAGGCGGUCGUCGGUUCUUUUUUUUGUAUUUAUUGAUGUUUUUGAGAGUCGGAUGGGGGAGCGCGACGAUGCACGGCGAUGCAUUACGAUGCACGGCGAUGCAUUACGAUGCACGGCGAUGCAUUACGAUGCACGAUGAUGCAUUACGAUGCACGGUGAUGCAUUACGAUGCACGACCAUGCACAAUUUUAAGAAGAUUCCAUCUAAAUCGGAUUCGUGGAUGCAGCUCUGGAGCACAUGGCCUGUAGGAGGAGCCUGUCUGUGAUUAGAGCUCAUUCAGUUCCCCCCGUUCUGUUUAUAUUUACAGUGUAUAUGAUUCUCCUGAAUGCUUGAAAACAACAAAAAAAAUGAAGUGUAUAUUUCUAUUUCCAAUGGAGUUAAUACUAGUAUGACUGUAAAUAGAUACAUGUUCAAAGUUAGGUGGGAUUUAAUGUAAUGUAAUUUUUUUUUCUUUUUUAUUAUUAUUAUAUUUCUAUGUGUAACUUAAUUUGUUUUAUAUGUUGAACAAACUAAAUAUUACAUUAAAUAUAAAUAUAAAUAUAAACAUAAGAACGUGAGGCUUUUUAACAUUGGCUGAACGUUGUGUUAUAAUAAUAAUAAUAAUAAUAAUAAUAAUAAUAAUAAUAACAAUAAUAACAAUAAUAAUAAUAAUAAUAAUAAUGCACAUAGUUUGUGUGAAGACUGACAUCGCUGUUCCAUAGCUGUUGCAUUGAUUGCCACUAAUUAUUAUUAUGUGACUAUUUUUGUAAGUGUUUUCACAAUCUUUAAAUGAAUGAAUGAAUGAAUGCUACUUGAAAAUGAAAUCCAUCAAAAAUA